CUUUCGUAUCAUUAUAUUUUGAUCGUAGCACUGCGCAUAUCAUUAUAUUAUUAUUUUCUGUUAGAUAUUAAGCGUUUACGGGAUUUCGAUAUAGGUAUUUCCGUUUUGCUCCCUCGGCGCGCAAGUCUCAAAUAUUUUCACAAAAUGAUGCACACGGUUUAUAUACAUUCAUAACGAUUUAGUUUUAAUCUUAAAAUACUUAAGCGCGUCAUACCAUUAUUGUAUUAUAAAAAACCGUUUUCAAAUAAAACAAAAUCAUCGACGCUCGUCUGAAAUUUGCGAGCCGAACCAUGCAAGUCAGACACAUCGUAGGAUUGACGCUGUUGUUGGUGGCGGCGGUGCCGUUGCAAAUGUACUUGAUGAAGUACAACCAAGACUUCAGAGACUUGGUGUCGGAAAUCGCGAAAAACUUACCAAACGACCUGCUGCAGCUGUCUACCAACUACAUCACCGGAUACGUCAGCGUCGCGAACAAUUACAUGCAAAGUACAUACGACUAUUUGGGUUUAUCAAAACCAUUUGAAGAUGGUUCACCCGGAGACCAAGAAGUGCCGGAAAAUUUAAUAAGAAAUUUUAGACCACCUCAUUUAGAAUUCAGAAUUGGAAAUGUGGUAUUGACACAUACCAUGACAGCAGGCAUUAUAGUUGGAUGGAACAUUGAUAUAACCGAUCUCACUAAAGAACCAGAAUACCUAAUUUUAUCGGAAGUUCAUGAAGAAUUGAUCAAAUUAGACCAAGAUAAAAUUGUAGUUGUAUUACAAAACAUUAAGGUAAAUCACAAAAAUAUAGACCAAUAUUUUGAAAGUUUUGAUGGAAUAGGAUACAUACCAAAGGAGUCAUUACAAAAACUGUACCCAAAAGGUUAAAUCUACUUUCAAGUAACAACUGUACUGACGUUAAGUAAUAUGGGUAGUAAUUACCCAAGGUGUAAGGAAUAGGGUAUUAUAUAAUAUUGUAAGAAAUAAAAAUAAAACGAUUUCAUUUGA